AUGAAUUCUCCACCUGAGCCUUGGCGCUUGUUUGCUGGGCGUCUUGCUGAGAUCUGUGAUGCCCAAAAGGAGCUGUGCAAGGCUCGACAGGCUCGACAGGCUCGACGCGAGUGCUUCGGGGCCUUCAGGGCCCUCCGAAAAGAGGAGGGAGUAGCCAGUCGCAUCAAAAGUCUUGAAGAGGAGCAAAGAGAGUUGGUGGAAUACCAACAGUUGGAGAAGCAGCGCCGCUGCUUGGAGUACGAGCUGACGGAUCGGGACUGGCGCACGGCACAGGAGCGUAUCGAGAGUUUGGAGGCACAAAAACGUGAGGUCGCCGCACAACUUCACAAGGUGCAGCGCGACACCUCGGAGCUGCGCACCUCGCUGGAGGAUGCGGAGACGGAGGUGCAGCGCGCUGCCACAGAGAAACAACGUGUGUCGGCCGAACACGAAGAGGUGGAACGGCUGCGCGCUCAGCAGCUGGAUGAGUUGACCCGAGCAAAGUUGGAGCUGAACGAUGAGCAGAUGCGCGCCAAGGAUGCACUGAAGACUGAAGAGGAACUGAAAACCGAGGUGCAGAAGACUGAACCCGACUGA